UUUCGCUGUUUUCGAGUAUUUGAAGCACACUUACCUACAUGACGUUAUCAUGCUUCACGAGGAGGAUAAUGAAGAUGGAACUCUUCUGGCAUCGUUAUUGAGUUCUCAAAGUAUUCGAGUAUCACACCUUGGAGUACAAUCCGGACCGGGUUUCCUGAAAACCGUUGAGCGAUAUUUCGAAAAAUGGAAUAUGGUUGACCUUAGCGAUGAAGGAAGGAUACUGGUGUCUCUAGCAGGUGGGCAGCAUGUUGAUAGAUUGUUGAGAAAACUAGUGCAAACUAGUAUGCACAACAAGCGCACAAAAUUGUUGGUGAUGGAUGAUCCAGAAAAAUGGCAAGAAAGGCUCCUCAGCGUGAAAGCUUACGAAGUGGAUCUUGUAAUUGUCAGUAAUGAUCCUCUGACCAUCACUGACUGUCCUACGGCUAUAGAGUUACUACCCAGUGGAUCUCACAGCCAUAAAACAGAAGGAAAAUGCAAGAAACUCGCCUCUAGUGAUAGAAAUCUGGGCAAUAGUAUCAUAGCCGAUAUUCGGAAAAAUCUUACAAGUUGUUGCUCACAAGGGACUGAAAAUGACUAUACAUUCUGGAAGAGCUCACUUUCUGAAAACGGUACUCAGCGUCUGAAAGCUGUUGCAGUAUGGUCGCCGGACCUCGGAAUUCUCAGAAUGGAGAACAUCGACGUGGAGAUGAUUACUUUGCGCGUUGCCAUUAUGCAG